UCCCUCCCGCAGACACACACACACUCACACACACUCAGCAUACUCGGCUCGGUGCAGAGAGCGCUGCAGCGAAACAACAGUGCAGAGAAACGGAGCAAAGAAGCGAAACAUAUUUAACAAAUGUCUGAAGAACAGUUCUGCCCGGUGAUAAACCCACCACUGAUGUCUGGAGAUGGAUUGGAGACCGAAGGAGCAGCGGAAGGUGCAGCUUCUGGCGAAGAAGGAUUCCCUUGUGAUAAGGAGCAGCCAUGCCCAAGUGGAGGAGACGCUCAGGGCCACAGAGGGAGGGGCCGUAGAGGGAGGGGCCGUAGAGGGAGAGGCCAUGUGGCUGCUGGAGGCUCUAGUGGUACAACCAGAGAUCGAAGCCGCUCACCACUCAAGCUGAGAUGGAGGACUGAGGCAGAGCCUGAUGAUGGAGUCCCUCAGCCGCUGAGGUUUAUCCCCAAACGGACCCCUGGUGUCCAACCCCCCCUCAAUAGUGGGAACCCUUCCCCAGGGGAAAUUUUUUCACACUUUUUUGAUAGUGCAGUUCUCAAACUCCUCUGUGAUAACACAAAUAAGAGUGCAGCCUUAGGGAAGGAGGACGGGAAGAAGUUCAACUGGACUAAAAUAAAUCCAGAGGAAAUGAAGAAGUUCAUUGGCUUGUUAAUAUUCAUGUCAGUCUUGCGCCUCCCUAAAAUGAGUGACUUCUGGCGUAGAGAAACCAUCUUUCACGUGCCAUUCCCUGCCACCAUCAUGGCCCGAGACCGGUUCAUGGCCAUUCUAAGCAACCUUCACAUUACCGACCCAGAGCAAGAUAAGAUAAAUGAGGCGAAAAGGGGCACAGGGGACUACGACCGUCUCCACUGGGUCAGACCUCUUAUGGAGAUGAUAUCCUUAAGGUGCAAGGCCGUGUACCACCCAAGACAGCACAUUUCAGUGGAUGAGAGGAUGGUGGCAACAAAGGCCAGGCUCAGAUUCAAACAGUACAUGAAGUUCAAGCCAACAAAGUGGGGGCUGAAGUUUUUUGUCCUUGCUGACAUAAAUGGCUACACCAUCAACUUCCAGCUCUACUCGGGUAAGUCAAAAAUGGCUUCAGGAAAGGGGCUCUCGUUUGAUGUUGUGACAAGUUUGGUCAAAAAAGACUACCUGGGGUCUGGGUAUAUUGUUUAUACCGACAAUUUCUACACCACUCCCCGCCUCUACCGACACCUGAGUCAGCAGGGAUUCGGAGCUUGUGGGACGUACAGGGAGGGGAGAAGUGGUGUCCCCACCGCCUGCAAAAAUGCCCUCACCAAGAAAUCCCCACGAGGCAGUAUCCGGUGGCUCAGGGAUGGGGAUCUUCUCUUUGUCAAGUGGAUGGAUAGCAGGGAAGUCUCCCUGUGCUCCACCGUCCACUCAGUGUACAGUGGGGACCAAGUGGAACGCUAUCAGAAGAACGAGGAUGGGAGAACAGUGCAGAUCACAAUCCCCAGGCCCACCAUAGUGACUGAGUACAAUAAGUACAUGGGAGGAGUGGAUACCUCUGACCAGCUGAUUGGAACAAGUUCAGUCCACCGGAAAACAAGGAAAUGGCCUACCACUAUUUUCCAGCAUAUGGUUGACAUUGCUAUGACAAACUCCUUUGUCAUCCAUAAGGAUCAGUGUGCCACAAUACAGGAGAAACCUAUGACGCAUCAGUGUUUCGAGGAGGAGCUUGCUGCAUACCUCCUGGGAGUUCCUCUGAAAAAUGAGCCCAAGAAGACCCCAGGAGACAAACACUUCCCUGUCCCCACGAGGACUGGGCAGAUCAAAUCACAGAGAGCCAGCAUGGGGAGACGACGUUGCAAAAUCUGUCACAGGUGCACUGCCUGGAUGUGUGCGUCCUGUGAGGUGGGCCUGUGUCUGCAGCCAGAUAGGAACUGUCACUGGGAGUACCAUCAAGGAAGUCACUCUGUGAACCCACUCCAAACCGAAUCCCCCUGAAGGGAUCGUAGGCACAGCAGGUGGGAUCCAAAACAGGAAACGGAUCACAGAUUCAGGUCGGAUAAGACCUAGAAUCAGCACAGGCUCCAGCCAUGUCCCAGCUCAUCCCGUCUGGAUCCGUUCAUAAUGGCUUUAUUUUUCUACUUCUUAUAACAUGUUAUUAAUAAAACUUUACACUCAUUAAAGACUUG